AUGGAUGAUCAAACUCUUAAAUCACCCCUUCCCGCACCUGAAAAGGAUCUAUCUAAACUCUCGCAAGAAGAAGAAGAAACUAUGAUCCGCUCUCUACGCACAAAAUUCAAGGGUGCGGAGGAUAAGAAUCAGAAUGAAGAACUACACACCCUCUUGAAUUCUUUGGAGCUAGCAGACAAGGGGCUUAAGAGUGGCACUCCAAGCAUGGAAGGGCUGAAGGCAGUCUUAUCCCAAGUCGAUAUGCUAUGGAGGAGCAACUCGAGCUACAUGGCCGAAGUGACAGAGAUGUUAGCAGAUGCAAGUCGUGAUGUCCCUGCACAGACUCAAGUUGCUCAAAAUGGUAUUUCUAUGGUGCUUCUAAAGCUAUUAGCAAGCGAGAAGCUUAAAGGCAGUGCCUUGUUGGGAGUCACCUAUGAGUUGUUGGAAAUGGCAAGUCAAGCAAUUGACAUUGCAUCCGAUGACUCGUUACCCCUUUUAAUACAUGCGACAUCUCGCUCAGAGUCCCAUGGAGAAGGAUUCGCUUGUUUAGUGAAUAGUUUAAAUGCCUAUCUCCAAAAAGACAAGUUCCAACAACUGAGCAUUAUAAACGAACAUGUCGAAGAGCUCCUGUCGAUUUAUGCGGAUUCUUUCAAAGGAGAUGACUCCAUUAUGUCGCCCCUACGGCUUAAGCUCAACCACUCGCUUGCAGAUAUAUCGGCCCUCCCCGCAUUCCCCAAAUACUACCCUUUGCGUUGCCCGGUAACCGAGACACUGAUUUCAUGGCUCAGCAGCGACAAGGACGAUCUCAAGAUAUGUGCAUGUGUUAUACUCGGCAACGUUGCUCGGGAUGACGAAGUCUGCAAAUCGAUGUUGCAUGACUUCAAGAUUCACCUACCACUAAUAUCCAUGCUGAAGCGUGAUGACGCGAAGGCAACGGUCCUACAUUGCUCCCUUGGCUUCUUGAAAAACCUAGCAAUAGCCGGAGAUAAUCGUGAAUAUCUAGGUGAAGCAGACGUUAUCAAAGCCGUUUCUCGGCUAUGGGCCCUUGAAACUCUCCCCCAUGCGCAGCUUAUGGCGGUAAGCCUAACAAGGCAAACGAUUUUAACCUCAGUCUCAAAUAUUGGCCGUCUAUUGGAACCAAUCUCUUCCGAUGCAGAUUCCCCCGCCAGUCGUCGCACUUAUCUCUCCCUACUUCUCGUUUUGUUCGGCAAGACAGACUCUUCUCCUAUCAAAACCGAGAUUGGGCGAACAGUCGCGGCUGAGUUAGUCGAUAGGUUGUUCACCCUGCAUAAGGACGUUGCGCGCCCAAUAGGAAUAAUGAUUACCCAAACCGAGUGGCCCAUUGUUCAGAGUGAAGGCUGGUUUGCCCUUGCGCUAGUGGCAUCUCAUCCAGCUGGGUCUCAGGCAGUUGUUGACUGUUUGGAGAGCAUGUGUGUUAUCCAAAGCCUAUGUGACACCGUCCGUUCGACUAUCUCCCCACCAGAGCCAGGAGAAUCGGCCAAGGAUAAAACCGACCGUUUGAAGAAGACGAAAGAUAGGGAUAAUGCUCUUUUCUUACUUCAUGGUCUAAUGAGGAAUAAUCCAUCGGCAUCUGAACUCCCAGAAUCUCUUCGCGAUAUGUUUGAGGGCCUGUUGCGGGAGGCUGGCCAUGAACCUCCUCAGUAA